AUGCAUACGGUUCUUGAUGGCCUGGCCGCUCGACAUCCUUCCUCCUCGGACUACGCCCGCGCACUACAACUCUUUGAAGAUAUUUGGAGGGUAAUACAAGGGGAGGGAUACUUGCCGUGGGAGUUGAAGGGGAUCUUGAAGGAGGAGCUGAUGGUUAACGACUCACGCUUUGCGCCGAUUGACAGGGUCGUGGUGGCCAGCCACAAAGAGAGGGACGAUGCGUGUCGGCUCUUCCCGUCGCUUGGCGCCGACGAAGACCGGAUGCUCGGCCUCCUUAGCCUCUACGACGAGCUCAAGGCCGUCCGCGAUAUCGUCGCUACCACUAUGCGGUUCGUAAACACGUCCCGCUCCGAAGCGGCGUGGAAUGACCACAUUCACGGCCCACUAUUGCGCCUCGCCGUCUCCAGUACGCCGCACGUUGGCGCCGAAAACAUUUCGCACGCUGCCAUUGCUAAAGCCUUCGUCCCGGCCGCGCGAGGGGAGCUCGAGGCCUUGGGCGGCAAAAUGAUCGACUACGCACUGCUUCUUCAGCCCGAAAAACAUCUCGCCGUCCGUAUCGCCAACUGCAUUGACAUUCGACGGCGUGCCGAAGGUAAGGCUCAGCUGGGUGUAUGGUUAGCGGCCUGGUACGGCCGCGUGGCCAGAUUCGAGCCACUGCCGUCCGCUGAGGCGGGCAUCCCAACGAACCUGCCCUUCCUCCCUGUCCUGCUUGUCGUGUGCGAAAAGUGGGAGCUGUACUUCGCGUUUGACAGAGACAGUGGGUUCGAGGUGUGCGGGCCCCUCGAGACCGGAAGCACUGUGACCGUUGACGGUUCGUACCGCCUCCUUGAGGUGCUACGGCUGCUGGCGGGUUGGGUCGCCGGCGAGUUCCGUGGGUGGGUUGAGCGAUGUGUUACAUAGGAGCGGUUUUCAGUGAUGAUCUCAUCCAUAGGCUAGGAAUCGCUACCGAGGUCAGCAUAGUACGAAGAUCUGGCAACCUUCAACUUGUCAGUCCCUCGCCCACUUUUGACGACAAAUUGUUGGGUUUCAUAUUAAUGCGCUACCCUUCUCUUGUUGGACGAGCUGUUGACGGCCUCGAUUCCCGCAGCAUUUGACAUGAGUCGUCAUACUCUGGGGCGCGCCUGCGGCCCCGCUAAACUCUCGGCUUGACGAUCGUCAUGCCCACACCU